UUCAAAUGUAGGCUAUGCUAUUUUAGUGUAUUAAAUAUGAUUAGCAGGGCUGCCAACUUGAAAAUGACUCUAACAUGCUUUUAUUUACUUCUCCCCAGCAGCAGUUGGUCAUGGACAUCACAAUCACUCUUCUUAACGGGGAGUCUCACCCUCUUACCGUGGCUCCAGGGACCACCGUGGGCUCGCUGAAAGACCUCCUCUCUCAAAGGUCUCGACUCUCUCCGGAGAGUCAGAAGCUUUUCUACGACAACAACGGGGAGAAAAUAAUUCUCGACGAUACCAUGUCAUCUCUGAGUGCCUAUGGUGUGUCACCCGGUGCCAAUAUCUUCGUGCUGGCCAAGGAGCCCGCUAAUAUCCAAGUGUUCCUGACAACGGUGAACGGCCAGACUCACGCCUACACCGUCCGAGCUGGGGAGACGGUGGCGGGCUUCAAGCUCAAGGUGAAACAGAGGGAGAAGGUGGCCGAGGACCAACAAAGGCUGAUGCAUGAAUCCAAGCAGAUGGACGACGGAAGUCGUACACUGGAGUCCUAUAAUGUGAAAGAGGGCAGCACCAUCUACCUUAACGGACGGCUGAGAGGCGGCUAGGACUCGAGAGGAGAGGACUCAAAAAGAGUGAUGAUUUGCACGAAUGUGAUUGCUGAAUCCCUUAUUCUUUGUUGAGAUUAUUUACCCUCAGAAUGCAUACAUGUUCACCCAGACAGUUACAUUAAAUGCACUUAACUGCCUGAAGUUCACCAUAUUUGUAUAAAAAAAAUAUCUGCUGAGUUUUAGCUAGACCAUUAUGCUAUAGUUGUAUCUGUCACUGUUUAUGCCACUUUAAUGAUUCCACUGUCAAUUGAAUAUCUGAACUCAUGUAAUAAUAAAUUCAAUCAUAAAUA